UCGGAGCAUGCGCAAAGAGGCCGCGUUGGUUUGGUCCUUGCGGCUUGCCGUCGGUGGAAAGAGACGAGCGGCGCGGCGGUUGGGGAGUCGGCGAAAGCCAUGGCGGCCGUUGAGGGGGGGAGCGACACCUUCGAUGCUAUCGUCAUGGCAGAAACGAGAUUUCAUGGUGAAGGCUAUCAAGAUGGUUAUGCUGAAGGAGUCCAUGCUGGUGUUGUUGAAGGAAGGCAAUAUGGAAUACAGCAGGGUGCCAGAAUUGGCUCGGAAAUAGGGUCAUACCUUGGUUUUGCACUGACGUGGCAACAGUUGCUUCAGAAAACAUCAGAUGAAAAAUGCAGUAAAAAGAUAAAAGUCCUGGAGCAGUUAAUAGAGAUGAUUCAAAACUUUCCUUUGGAAGAUCCAGUUUAUGACAAACUUCAAGAUGACUUGGAGAAAAUUAGGGGACGGUUUAAACAAUUCUGCCUUCAGAGGCUUCUUGGGUGAUCUACCAGCUUUUCACUGAUUCUACUGCCACAAGAACUUUCUCUACCACAUAGCAUUGGGAUAAAAUAAGAUUAAAAAUCCAAGCUUACAAUUCCCUGCAAGGCUCUUCUGAGAGAGAGGGAGGUUAAUCCUACCUCUAAGCAGAUCAGACCAUCAGUUACAGCUCACUGAAAACAAAUAACCCUUGACCUUUACUGAUUUAGACUCUAGUGUAAUAUUUCCUCUUGACGGAGACUCAGUAUUUUAACUAGCAAAAAGAAACAUCCUGUAUCUUUAAGUCAUUGUGCCAUACAUUAUUUCUCUGCUGUUGGCUUUGCCCAGUAAAGACAUGAAGAUGGGAUGUCCAUUAUAUGAUCAUACAUGUUCUCUAUUAAAUACCCAUAAAUUUCAUCUCCAAAGGAAGUGUAAAGGGAAGACUUCCACCAUAUUUUUCUUCUCUCCUCCCUUCCCCCUCUCCACACUUCGUUUCGCUUUCACAAAGUCUGGGAAAGUUCCGUGGUUGCCUCAACCGUAACUAUACGCCAUAUUCAGCAAUUCCAUUCGGGGGAAAACAGGAUACAUAUUUCUCUCAUGGUUCUAUUCCUGACUAAUCAAGUGUGAAAUGUUAUCUUCCUAAGUUCUCUGUUGGAAUUCAGUAGACUGUCUAAGAUGAAUAUAUAUCCAUAUGAUUGACAUUGAAGAAAAAAUUCCCAAACCUAAAGACCAGCUGCCAACUAUAAGUAAAAUAAUAGGGUGUCCAAGGCCUUAUCACUUUCUUGGUGUGUUUCACAGUUCAGUACACAGUAAACUGUCCCUUUUUGGUUCUGCUCUUAGUAGUCAACUGAAAUUUCAUUUCUAUGCCACUGCACUUCAGGAAGCAUUCCUACCAUUCCUUGAGCUAGGAAAGAAGAAAAUAUCAGUCUAUAGAGGUGGCCCUCAUUUAAUAAUCCUUGUCAGGACCAUCUGAACUUGCAAAGGAGUGGGGGAGGUGAACAAUUAAUUUCUGGCUGUUGCAAGCCGUGAUUACAACUUGGGUGCUCGGCAUCCAUCUCAUGAUUGUGAUGUCAGAGCAUCCUACAGUGACAUGAUUGCUAUUUGUGAGGUUCCAUGCCAACUUCCCACAAGCAGUCUAUGGGAACAUUGAAAGUUGCAAUUACGUGAGGUUCUUGCUUAACAACUAGUGUGGGUCUCACUUAAAACAGUAACUGGGGACAGCUGUGGCUAAGUGAUUCAGUCACCACAGUUUAUAACCAUUUUGCUUAGCUAGAGAAAUUCUGGUCCCAAUUACCAUUUUUAAGCAAGGACUACCUGUGAUGUAGAUAAAUUCCAAUCUGCCUUUGGAGUUUGAGUUGGGAAUGAGAGAAAGAUCGUUAGUUCAAACUUUGUUCCUUUUACUUAUGGCUUAAAAUCUGGAUUUAACCCAAUAAGGAAUCUUGGAACUAGCAAGUUAACACUGCAACUUAUUUUCUUCCAAGCCAUCAUAAAAUAAAACACAAGAUGCCCUCUGAAUUUUUCUACGUAUCAGAAAACAUGAAGGACAAGGGUGGUAGAGGGCCAUAUCUGGGAUACAGCACUUUAAAAGUUUUAUGUAAUGCACACAUCUGGAAAAAACAUUGGGUAUCUGGGGAAAUAAAAGCAGAUGACAGAAUAUAAAUUAUUGGCUGGCAGUGGCAACUUCAGAAGCUAUGUCUAUGGAAUCUUCUUUGAUAUAUUAUAUUAGGAUGAACCAGAGCUAUAUUAAGGCAACAAUGUAAUAACCAAUAUAAUAACCACUGUGCCACCACAAAUGCCAUGGCGACACAGUGGUUAGAAUGCAGUACUGCAAGCUAAUUCUGCUGACUGCCAGCAACCAGCAAUUCAGCAGUUCAAUUCUCAUCAGCUCAAAGUUGACUUAGCCUUCCAUCCUUCUGAGGUCAGUAAAAUGAGGACCCAGAUUGUUGGGCAAAAUGCUGACUCUGUAAACCACUUAGAGAGGGCUAUAAAGCACUAUGGAGCAGUAUAUAAGUCUAAGUGCUACUGCUAUAAUUAAAAUUGUUAAUAUCUGCUUCUGCUAAUAAAGCAAUAUAUGAGAGUAUACUAGUCUAACCGAAAAGAGUUUUUUGAAAGAUCACAUUUUAAUGAAUUUCUAACUGUUAAAAUAUUUUACCUGUUAAAUUGUAUAAAUGCUGUAGUGCAACAAUAAUUCUCUUUCACUAGGCUUUGGAAUCAUAAUUUAUCAGAGGGCUCUUCUAUCAAUUCUGUGUACUCAUUAUUUUUACAUUAUUUUAUUAUAUGUUUGUAUUAUCAAUUAGUUUUGUUUUUAAUUUGUCUUAAGCUGCCCAAAGUCUCAAAAAAAUCCAGUAAAAUAAUUAUAAAAUAGACUUCAACUUCACUCUCCAACCUUCAUGACCAUCACAUCUGAUAAAGAACAUGAGGAUGGGGCACAAAAAGAGUGGCUGUACUUUCAUGCUUCUUCCUCCGUACUGUGGCAUGAAAGGAGAGAUUUCAAGCAGCAAUUUCAUACAGUAACUUAAAACAAUUGUAGGCUUAAAACUUUUUUAAGACAGUCCUGAGUUGGCAUAAAAUUAAUUUGCUACUUUCACUAGUUUAAAAGAUGAACAUGCUUAGGUAAAAACAGAAAACAUCAAAAAGGGAGGCAGCUUUAACAUUUAUUGUCUAUUUGGAAUACAAACAAAAUGUUCUAUGUUUAAGGAGGGCUGAAAAACUCCAAUUUAUUAAUACACAACACAGAAACCUGAUCAAACUGACUUUUGCCUGACAUUUAUCUGAAGGUGUGAAAAUGGUCUAAUAAUGAGGUGAGAAGCCAAAUAGAUGGGAGACCUUAUUAUGGUUAUCAGACUUCUAAUUACCUCAGAUAAAAGCAAAAUGGGGAAACUGGAGUCCUAACAAUAUAAAUAUGAAUCAUGAAGGAAUUCCAAUCAGAUGCUAUUACAUAGUGCUUUUUUGUAAUUAAAAGAAAUGUUUAAUUACAAACCCUCAAAUCCUUAGCCAUCUAUCCUAGAUAAUAGCUGGAAAUAUAUUUCAUAUUGUUCAAAUGGAAUUACUUGAGGAAUGCAGCACGUUUUGCAUUCUGAAGUUCUUACUCAGACUUUUUAUGGCACAACUAUAUGAUAAUUGUAUUAUACUGGUUAAAGUCCAAAAUAAAGAUUGGCCAAAUGUUAUGCCAGAAAUAAAUACUCGCCCCCACACACAUACAUGUUUUAGAGACUACAUUGACUCAUAUUCCAUCAUUCCUAAUUCAUCCUACAGGAAUCGCAACAAAAUCAUCAAGAAACAAAAGAGAUCAUCCUGUCACUGUUUUGGUAAAAAAGGAAAAAAAAUAGUGAAUUACUGUGAAUACAAGAAGUGAUGUGAGUCACAGCUCCUCUAAAGUCCCGUCAAAUGACUUCUAAAUCAUGAGCUAGGUCCAAAAAUGUCUGAACAUUGAGAAAACUGCUGUUGCUUUUUGUAAAUGCUUGGGUCUAGAUCAGCAGAUUUGCACAGCAUUGUGAUAACUGGAGGGAUUGUGGGGCUUGAAAUCUAACACAUCUGUGUGCACCAGGUUGGAGAAGGCGGUUCAAAGGCAGUUCUCAUGUGCCUGCCUAAGAGGUUAGUUAAGAAGUAAAACAUCACUGGAUUUAUUUUUUCUCUUUUUAUAAGAAUAAUAUGGCCUUCUAGCCUAAAAUUGAAACAGCUCUUCUGUGAGUAGCACACCUUUCCAGGUGAAGUGGAAAACACCUUCCUCAGGACGAAUGAAAUCCAUAGACUGAGGCCCUUUGUUCUCAGCAAUAAAGCUCCUCUUUGAAAAGGUAGCUUUGCCCUUGAUCAUGUCAUGUGGAAAGGCACUGUUACACCUGGACAGAAACAUGUCAUGCGACAGGGUCUAACAGCAUGCUUAAAUAUGAUUCUCUUUUGAAUUCAAGAUAAGAGGCUGAAAAGCUCGGAUGGAAUUUUGAGAACAUGCGUCGGGGCAAAAUGGCUUCUACUGAAGACAUGGCUGUUCACAAAAUGGCUGCCAUAUGGUAGGCAUGGCCAAGCCCAAAACAGUCACCGCUCAGAAAGUAAAUUAGAUCCCUGCAAGAUGCUCUCUACCAUCCCACUGACACUUUGUAACAACAUCAUCGUAACUCCACAACACUUCUCAAUAGGCUAGCUUCUCAUUAUGUUUUACUAGAAAAACAUCUUUAAAAAGUCACCUUGGAAAGGAUUUUAGCAGGCAUUAUUUCAGAACUCCAGAAGUAACAGUGGUCCCUGCAGACUUCAUGUUGCCUAACCGUGCUAUUACCAAUAUAGUAAAUCAGUUCUGCUAAUUUUCCAGGAAAGGGAAGAACUAAACUAAACUGCUUGUGAGUUGUUAGAACAAUUCUGCUCUCUUAUCUGAACAUUUCAGGCAGCCCAAGAUUUCCAAAGCAAAUUCACAGUUGAAAAAUGAACAUUUUAAAGAUGUCUUUCCAAAAAAAAACCCCAUUCUAUUAAAAUAUAUGAAAUUUGAGAAUAGCUGAUGGAGUUGCAAAUGAAGACCUCUAUAUACUAAGCACUAUCUCUCCACAUCAUCAAAAAUAACUGCUUAAUUCAGAAGUCCUGCAAAGACUUUGAUAAAAGGAACUGAAUAAACAUUCAUCAAUUUAUCAAUUUUGGUUAAAUUGCACCCUAACAUCUUGAACCCAUGUAGGCUUUUAGACAGAACAUUCUUGGCAGGACUGCCAUAAUCCAGUGUGGAAACUGUGCAUAAGAGUGUCACAUGGGGUGGGAUGUCAGUUGCAAAGGGGGGGAGGGUGGAAGAGAGAAGCAUUAUCAAUAACACAGGCUCACUAAUCCUGAACAUGUACAAUUGACCACCGAAGCUGAACCUAUGCCUUGGCAUUACCUACAUUUAAUAUUUUUUUGAAUAUUAAAAAAAUCAAUUGGGGUGUCACUAAGUGGAAUUCUGCAUAAGGUACCUUGUACGUUAGCAGUGACCCUGAUUCUUAGCACUAUUAUCUAUUCUUGUACUAUAAUAGCAUUAAAACAUGCUUAUUUUCCAUUCUUGAUUAUUUUUCAUUCUUGUAAUGGAUACUAUGGAGCAGGAGUCUCCGACCUUG